GUACACACACGCUUGCGGUUUAAAUAUAAAUAGUCCUAACUUCCCGUUUAUAAUACUUAGCACAAAAUAAUACAACAUGAACAGACCUAAAAGAAAGGCAGCCAAAGAUUCUGAGGUUAAUGCUAAACGAGCCAAAGGAGAAACAGAUCUUGAAGGAGAUCUCAAAUGGCAUCAGUAUGGAGAUGUCAUUAAGGGGGUGUGUCCCCUCCUGAAACUUACAUCCGACAUCCUCCCCGGCUGCGACAAGGUAGCUGGCUUUGAUAUUGAUUUUACAGUUAUCAGAACUGCAAGUGGUAGAAGAUUUGCUACGGGUGCUUCAGAUUGGGAAUUUUGGGAUGAAGUUGUUCCAAGUAAACUACAAGAACUUCACCACAAUGGUUACAGAGUAAUUUUCUUUACGAAUCAAGCUGGAAUAGAGAAACUUAAAGUUAAACCAGAAGAAUUCAUGAAAAAAACCGAGGCUAUUAUUAAAGAAGCUGGUGUACCAAUUUAUGUUUUUGCUUGCACAGGAACUAAUCAUUUUAGAAAACCUAGUACAAUGAUGUGGGAACACUUUGUGAAAUAUUGUAAUAAAGGAAUAAAGCCUGAUAAGUCCAAAUGUUUUUAUGUUGGUGAUGCAGCUGGAAGAGCAAAGGAAUGGUCCCCUGGUAAACCUAAAGAUUUCUCUUGCAGUGAUAGAAUGUUUGCAGCUAAUGUAGGAAUAGAUUUUUACACACCAGAAGAAUAUUUCCUGAAAGAACCAGCUGCUCCAUUUCAAUGGCGUUCCAUGGAUCCAAAUACAUUUUUGACAAAAGCUGAAAAACCAAAGAAAGUGCAACAUCAUUCCAAUAAACAAGAGCUUGUAGUUAUAUGUGGCUGUCCAGCAUCUGGGAAGAGUACAUUCAGAAGGAGACAUUUUGAGAAGCAUGGUUAUCAAGUGGUAAACAGAGAUACAAUGGGAACAAUGGAUAAAUGUGUCAAGGCAGCAAAGGAAGCAGUGAAGAAUGGUAAAAGUGUGGUCGCAGAUAAUACUAACCCAUCAACUGCUGCCAGGAAAGAUUUUGUAGAAGUGGCAAAGAGAGCAGGCAUACCAUGUAGAUGUUUUGUAAUGAAGACUCCACUAGAACUGGCACACCAUCUAAAUCUAGUCAGGCAGAACCAAACAGAAGGACAAGUUCGUAGAAUUCCAGAUGUUGGAUAUCAUGUGUACAGAAAAAACUUUGAAUCUCCAACCAAAGCUGAGGGAUUUUCAGAAAUUAUAGAAAUUGACUUUAUUCCAGAGUUUGACAACAAAUCAGAUGAAAGUUUAUUUAGACAAUGGACUGAUUCUGCUUGAAUACAAAUUCAGGAUUGUCAUAGUUUGUGCCAUGUGAGGCCUCUUUGUAGUAAUAACUUAAAACUCAGCGGCUGGUUUUAUCUGUUUUCUUUUAGUUUUUCAGACAACAAGUUAUUUCUUCAUUGUUAGGCUAACCAAUACUGUAUAUAUAUGUGACCUGCUCCUGUGGUUAAUUAUACAAAGGCGAACCAAUUAUUUUUUUUUAUUAAUUUUUUAUUCAUGUUAUAAUAUGUUUUUUAUGUUUUUAACAUGUUUUAGCAUAAAUGUAUUUGUUAUUGAAUGUUUAUAAAUGUUUGACUUACCAGA